CCCAUUGCCGGCCAACCACUGCGCAACAAUGUCGUUCCUGCGGUCACAGAGCUCUCUGCGGCUCUCGAGAGCAUGUGUACAGAUCCCCAGGCCAACAAGAUGGAUAUCAUCAACACCACAACGCCGAUUACGCGACCCCGACCCUAAAGCUAUCCCGGACGUCAAGUCGAUGCAGAUGACCGAAGACCAAGCCUCUAUGGUCGAAGUCGACCACCAGCCCGAAAGCGCCGUUGAAAAGUACCACCCAGACCACCAGCCCGACUACAACGCGACCGUCGACCAUGGCACGUCGACGUACUCGCCUGUCCCGAAGCGAGUGAUGAACGGCAGCGAGCCGACGGAGACCACGCCCGCGGCUGUCUUGUCGGGAGCACCUAUAGACUUGCAGGCUAGAACAGUCAGAAUCUACAAACCCGUCCGGCCGGCAACACAAUCUGGAACAUGGGGCAGCCACGCGUGGCGUAUGGACUGGGACGUCCUGCCCAAGGGACAUAGAUGGGAGAAUCCGCUGAUGGGGUGGCAAUCGUCGGGGGACUUUAUGCAAGGCACAAAGGUCAACUUCAAGUCGAAAGAGGAUGCGAUCGCCUUCGCCGAGAAGCAAGGGUAUGAGUGGUAUGUCCAGGAGCCGAAUGAGAGACGAUUUGUGCCCAAGGCGUACGCGAACAAUUUCUUACACGAGCCGGGCCCGUUGAAGCAUAUCAAGACGAAGUAGAAAUGGAUACAAUCCCAGCAACGAUAUGGAAGAUCGCGAGGAAGCUGUUUCUGUAAGCUGAUGGGGCACCAACAAGACCUAUCCGCCACGGAGCUUCGCUUUUAAGGAUAUCGGUGCCACGGACGCAGACGGAAUUGUACAUAUGAAUUAUCAUGAACUGGAAAAGGGAUUGAUAUUCAGAGAAGCGAAAAGACUUGCCCGAGAGUAGUACCUGUUGGCCCAUUAUAUCGCGCCCCUGCUCUGUUCAUUCGCCGGCUGUACGUUGCCCGGUUUGCGAAUCGGGCUUUUGGCAGCCAAUGCUUCAGCAUAUUUCGUUGAGAUAUCACAAACAAAGCAACGACAAAGAGCAAACGCACGUCGGGCUGGUAGAAUUCUUGGUCAUUCACUCGUCAGACUCAAUGCUAAUAGUACAGGGUUAUCAUAACAAUCAAUCUCAUGGUCACUCCGGUCAUGACAGGUCCACCAUUUC